AUGGCUGCAAUAAUUUUGCAGAUUUCAGAGGUACUUGACGCUAUACAUAAACCCGACUGGAUCCGACACACAGUUGGCACUAUCAAUCACACGCAGUCCUCGACCGUCACAAGACACCCUUCAUCUACGCAAAGACAUGUGGCUUCAAGAGAAAAGGGUUCGAUGCUGCAAGGAGUAAGGUUGGAAGUAGACGGAAACCUCAACGAGACGGGAGUAGUGGCUGUCCCAGACACAGGAUGUUGCUUCAACUUGAUAUCCGAGAAGAAAGCGACGUUAAUGGGACUGAAGCCCAUCGCCGGCACACAAGACCUGAUGACUCUGCCUAACGGAAGCAAGGUGAUGUCCCCCGGGCAGGUCCAGCUGGCCUUCAGCUUCGACGGGGAAAGGGAAAAGCACGGCCUUCUUUGCAGCAUCUUGCCCGGGGCAACUCGGGACCUCGUCCUGGGCAGCGUGUUUCUCAAAGCAACCAGGACAAUGACAGACUACGCUCACAGAAUCAAGAAAAUGUCCUACCGCCUAGCACAGCCAUCGCUUAACCUCAUCGGGGCUGAACAGGACGUUCUGGGCGGCUACAUCAACGGCAGCGAAUGUCUCGCAGUGCCUGACACGGGCUCGGAUGUUAUGGCCAUAUCACUCAAGCAUGCCCGAAGGUUGGGUCUAAAAGUCCGUCGGAGAGAGCGCCACCGCACCUUGGUUGAGUUUCUCGACGGUUCACGGGUGCGCACAAAAGGGAUCGCUCAAGCAGAAUGGCAGUUCGCCUACGGCGAAUCACCAGUUCGCUGUGAUUUCCACGUCAUCAAGGGUUUGCCUGUCGAUGCAAUCCUGAACAACACCAUGCUGGACGAAUAUGAUGUGUUUAGACAAUACGAGGAGCGUAUUGGAUCGUCAGAAAGCCUUCAGGCUACGAUGAGUCUCGGCAUCUAUGGCAUCUCGCUUGUGGAGGUAUGCGAACAGAAGAUUCGCUCUCUUUCGGACAGCUACUUGGAUGACAUCAAGUCAGACAACCCCUUUACCCCAGAGAAAGUCGAGCGCGAGCGCGCACGCCGGGACGAAAUUCGCGACGCCAUCGCCCAAAUUCCCGACGAAACACUCCGAGCAACGAAGCAACACCAGGAGUACUUGCGAAAAAGACUAUGGGACGAACUCAGAAAACCCCAUCUCGAGGCAAACACCAGUACUAAGACAACGCAAGAUAAGCAAUCGAUAGCUAGCCACAGAAAUCGCGGUAGCCGGGAUAUCGAAUAA